CGCCUCUUCUAUUCUACUAGUAUGCUACUACUACGCAUACCGGUAGCGUAGACUACUGGUGUUGUCCUGGCUAUUCCCAGUUGUCCUUUGUAGCUAGUGACUGGUCACGUCAACUUCAACAUGUCGAACUGUCCGAGGGCUAUUCUGCAGGUGGUGAUGAGUUCUUUUCAGAAUAAAGAACAAGGUCUGACGGUAAAGCUUCAAACUUUGUCUUCCUUAUGACGCAUAGAGAGCAUAGAGUCAUCUAGCGGCAGGAUGAACAAGCGGAACCAUCGAGCCUCCUUCAUUCCCACCACCGCAGAUCAACCUCUUAUUAGCUAUCAUCGAAACAGUGGCUAGGCCGCAUCUGGAGCAAAAUCUGAAUACAAGUCACCGAAGCUAGCUAGCUACUAGCUACAGGAGUGGUUGCUUCUUGCGUCAGUAAGUUUUUCUCAGGCUCCUGGCCUGUCAUCGUCGAUUGACUCCAUCAACCUUUUCACAUCUGCUUGAUAUUACAUGCAUUGUUUGCACUCCGCACAACCAGUUUUGAGCCAAUUUGCAUCAAGAUGGUGAGCUUGGACGUUACAAAAACUUGUGGAAAGGAUGGUUCAGGCUCAGGCUCAGGCUCAGGUAAAAGUGUUCUAUGUCUCUUGGAGGAAGGAGGCGCAGAAGAGUUGUUGGAUAACAUCUUUCAGUUUGCGGGAGGUCGCGCCGUUGCUUCAAUGGGCCGCACCAGUAAAUUCUGGAGAUGGGCUGUAACUCGAGAGUCUCUGUGGGAAUCUAUGUGUCGUCAGCAUGGCAAACGGAGGUCUUCUACAUGUAGCGGUAGUCAGGAAUGCUACGGCAAUACCUUGGCAGUCCCACAAGAUAUCCCCUCCCUUUCUGGAGCAGUGCGCUACUGCAAUGGAGAAUUUGCCAAGGGCAAAAAGCACAUGACUAUCUUAUUGGAACAAGAAACUACCUAUCAAGUCAGAGAACCGCUUCUGGUUCAGGCUGUGGGGCACAAUGCUUGUCUCACCAUUGACUGUGUCUUUCCUAGUCUAAGCCAGCCUGAUCCACUGGAAAUGCGGUGUGCUAAUCAUAUGGAUGUGGAUGUGGAUGCGGAUGUUUUUAUGGAAGAUCAGGAAUGGGGAGAUACCGACACUCUUAGCGAAUUCUCCCUAUUCUCCUACCAGACAUCCAUUAUGCUCAGUACCAUCAAGCCAAACCAACCACUCUUUCACGUGUCUGAAGGAACAUUGGACCUCAAGAACGCCAAGCUCCUACACUGCAGUCCCAUUGGAUCUCUUGCGGAACUCAAACGCUCUUGCAAUGCCGCCAUCAUGCUAGAACCAACCGAUACAGAUGCAUGUCCACCACAAGCAAGAGCACCGGUACCACACAUGCUGGUGCAACCACCACUACAAACAGGCCUGCUCAUGAACCAACCAGACACCAACAUCACAACCACCCCACCGUCCAAGUCCCUUCCAUCCUUGGUUUUGGACAAUGUUACCCUGCUUUCGUACUCGGGAAGAGGCAUACUCAAUCGUCAUCAAGCCAAUGUUGUCAUGGAAAACUCGCAGAUCAUCAGGGUCUGCUGACCUCUACUUGAGACUCGACUCGGCUCUGAUCCAGUGAAACAAUUUUAGAAUGCACUAUAUAUACUUUAUCAUUGUGGCAAACGACUGGCAUCCACCUCAUUGUUUUCGUAGUCUUCUCCGUCCAUGCUCUGAUCGUCAUCUUCCUCUUCCUCGUCCUCCCCCAUUAUUUCAUCCACCCAACAAUCCUGGUACGCUUGUUCCGGGUCUUUCCCAGCAUACACCACUUGCAUCAUCCCUGGAAAGUAUUUCUCCAGCAUUUGUUGCGAUAUUUCCAUGGCAUCCUUCACCAUCCCAACGCCUAGGACGCUGCUCGAGUCAGAGUGGCCUUCCACCACUUUGCAACUACACCUGUAGCGCAACUGCCCAUCUCGCAGGUCCAUUUCAAAAUUACCCACAAAUGUAUAGUAAUUGAUGCAGGUCAACAAUAUUGCUACAUCUCGUCUUUUUGCCAAAGGGACACGCAAUGGAGCAUCCAGAUAGUAGCGAAACAAUCUGGUUUCUUCGUCCACCAUGAUCACGACCGCACAGUCACAACCUUCGCAGACUUCUGUGACUGUAUAUUCCAGGCGGAUAUGGCCGUCGUCAUCAUCAUUGUCAGGGGUUACAAUGUCGUAGUCGUAGUCAAUGGAAUCCAGAGCCGCCUUGACGGUGUCCAGCACAGACGAGGAGUAAGAGGACGAUUGGUCUUUGGCUUCUUGCAACUCUGUCAGAUCAUCCUGUAAGUUCGUGUCGAGGCUCUCACUCGACAAAGAUGACACAGGUUCCAACAAAGGCUCAGACUUGGACGACUUUUCUUCAUUCGCUAUACAUGUACUAGUACUAGUAAUUGGCUCCCAUAGAGAAGCAUCUUCCUCUUCGUCCCACUCGCCCGGUGUCACUGGGACUGCUCUGCCAAUCUGGUUUUUGAGGGCUUUGUUGAUCUCAUUG